AUGAAGCCGGGGCACGAGCCUAGGCCGGCCCUCAGUGAAGCAGGUGUCGGGGAACCAGGUGGGAAAGCGGAGCCAUCCCCCGAACUUAACCCCCUAGAACGCGUCCCGGUUCCAGCCUGUCCGGCGGGCCGGCCUGGACGUCUCCAACGCCACCUUCUGCGCGGCGAGUUCGACCAGCUGCGAGACUUACCCAUCUUUGAGAGCAACUUCGUGCAGGUGACCCGGUUAGGAGAAGUUGCCAACAAGGUAACCAUGGGGGUGGCAGCCUCCAGCCGAGCCCUGGAACUCCCAGACCUGUUGCUGCUGGCGCGCCCUGCCAAGGAGAACGGACGCCUGCAGCUCUCUGGUCUGUUCCCCUUGCAGUUCGUUCAGCUCUUCGUCCACGACGAAAGGCACUGUCAGCUCAAGGUCAAGUUUCAAAACGGCCGUGCCUUCUACCUGCGGCUUCGGGGUUCGCUCAAGACCCGCGACCGCAAGUUCGGCCAGUGGGUGCGGCUGCUGUACCGCCUGCGCUUCCACUCGGCCCAGGGAGCCGAACCCUUCACGCAGGAGUUCUCGAGGGCUGACACCGGGGCCGAGGACGACGAGGACGAGGACGACGACGAGGACGAGGACGACGAGGAUGACAACGUAGAGGAUCUAACUUAGGGGGAGGAGCCUCGAGCCGUGGAAGCCAGACUGCACUCCCAGGCCUCUUAACUGUGGGGACGCUGAAUCCUCCGACACCCUGUGAAGUCUCCAAAGAGCCAGAGAGCUAAGGACCCUUCUUCGG